AUGGCUCAAGCUUUCACCACACCGCUUGUUCUUGCGUGCUUGCUGAUGACCACCAUCAUGGCUCCUGGCGGCACCUCCGGUGGCGUCUCCACCACCACGGAAGCGCUGCCAACGGUGACCGGCGGCGGCGGUAGUGUGAUGCAGCCGCCUGCCACAGAUGCCACCGUGCUGCCAACAGUUGGCGGCGGCCUCUCCAGCACCCACACGGAGGCGCUGCCAUCGACGACAGGCGGCGGCAGUGGGCACUGGCUGCCGCCUGCAGCUGCAACUACGGCGGUGAUGCUGCCAACAGUAGGCGGCGGCAGCGGCAGCGGCAGCGGCCUCUCCACCACAGACACGGAGGCGCCAGCCACGACGACAGGCAGCAGUGGGCAGCCGCCAGCAGCCGCGGCGGCGGUGACGCUGCCCACAACACCAACAGUGGGCGUCCUCUCCACCAUGGACACUGAUCAGACGCUGUCCGGCGGUGGCAAGCUGCCGCUCUGGGUCGUGCGGCUGCUGGCCCUGGGCGGAGCGCCGCCAUCGCUCGCAAACAUGGUGGGGACGACACAUGUUUUUGUUGCCAAGAACGCCACCAGCGGCGACGGCCAGUUCGCCAGCAUCACUGCUGCUUUGGCGGCACAAAAGGACCAAACUGGCAGUGAGCAAAGCAUUCUCACCAUAUUCAUCAAGGAGGGAGUGUACAAUGAGAUUCUAAACAUCACCCGGAAGCAUGUGAUCCUGAUCGGAGAAGGCGCCGGGAAGACGGUGAUCACCGGGAACAGGAGCUACGGGUUUGACAACCUAACCACGCCGGACACUGCUACCGUGAGUGUUCAUGGCAUGGCCUUCAUGGCUCAGGAUCUCACGAUCCGAAAUACGGCAGGUCCAAAAGGCCUACAGGCGGUGGCCCUCAUGUCACAAUCCAAUUUUUCGCUGAUCUACCGGUGCUCCAUCGAGGGGUAUCAGGAUACCCUUUUCGCCAACAAAGGAGAUCAGAUUUAUCUAGAGACGGACAUCCACGGCACCGUGGACUUCGUGUUUGGCUAUGCCAAGGCGAGUUUUCUUGGUUGCCGGCUCCUGGUGCGUAGCUCGGGAUUGGGUGCUAGCAAGCCAAAUGUAAUCACUGCACAAGGGCGCAGCAACUCGACGGAUAGAUCUGGGUUCUCCUUCCAGAACUGUUCGGUCAAAGCAGACGAGGGCGCAGACCUCACAGGGGUGAAGACCUUCCUCGGUCGGCCGUGGAAGAAUCACUCGCACGUGAUCUUCAUGGAGAGCUUCCUCGACUCCAUCGUCAACUUCACUGGAUGGGUGGAGUGGGAGGGCCGCGGCCCCAUCCCAGAAACGGUGUUGUACUUGGAGUACGACAACUACGGGCCCGGCGCCGACACGAGCCGCCGCAUCAACAUCACCGCCGUGCGAAUUGUCACCGACUGCCACGAGGCGGCGCAGUACACCGCGGACCCUUUCGUCGACGCCAACUUCUGGAUGCCCAAGGACAAGGAGGGCAGGGACAUCAUCCCCUAUGCACGCGGCUUGAGCCGCGACCCGACGGCAUGCCCACCAGCAACAAGGGCAUGA